AUGUCCGAUCUUCCUAUCGCCCACGACCGAACCGACACCGAGGACGGUUUCGAAUGGGAAGACGCCAAAAGCCAGAACGGGGUCACUUUUCGCAUUGGCAGACCUACCGCCUCACAGUCCCAAGCUAACCCUCCCGCUACGGACUCAGCCAGCCCGCAAAUCGACCCACCACCCGUCAAGUUCCAACGCGUCUCCGUUCCCGUCUAUUGGCCCACCACCGCUCAUCAACAGUGGUCCAAGAUUCACGGCGAUGUUCGUGUCGGAGGCUUAACGGACUAUGCUCUCUGGCCGGGAGGCAGGCUGUGGUGA